GUGGGGGGCGAUUUCAAGCAACCCCGAGACUCGGAGGAGCUCCAGGUGCUUUUCUCCAAAUCCUUGUCCAGCUCCUCCUUUCGAGAAAUUCAGCCUAAAACCGGGAUUUCCCCCCCUCCUUUCCAGUUUCCUCUUGAACACCCCUCUGCCCGCUCCCCUUGCUCAAAUUCAGAACCCCUCGGCUGCUGCCCUGGGAGCAUUUCCUGGAGGGUAACUCCUCACCUGUAUUCCGCCCCCCCAUUAUUUUAGCUUGAACCGGGAGCUCCUUGCAGGGGGUUUCUGCCCUUGGAAAUUCGCUUCUCUGCCGCAGCCAGAGAUUACUUGCUGCGGGGAGGGGGCUGUCUAAGUGGGGCUCCGCCCACCCACCCUCCAAGGCUUUGCUUGGCAAGUGCGCAAGGAACUGGCUGGAGCAGCAACCCAUGGCGGAUGAAAUUUUGGAGCAGUUGCCCCUGGCAGAAAAGACAGCCACGUGGGGCACCCUGGGAACGAUUCGACCUCACCUGAAUUUUGAUGCCGCUAAAGAUGCCCAGACGUUCUUUGAGGCCAUCACUGGCGAAGAUUUCGACGCUUCCGGGAGCCCAGAUAACUCGAGGGGCAGGAGCAGAGCCUGCAAACUCCUGCUUUGGAGGCCUCGGCUGAAACUGGGGGGGCCGGGUCUCCCCAAAGGGGUUGACUGCGGAGUCCUCCUUGACCUGCUGACCAGCCGGAGCAGCGAGCACCGGCAACAAAUUGCGGAAGCCUUCCUCGAAUUCACCCAACAGGGGCUGCUGAAAACUCUGGAGGCCGUCUUCCCCAGCCAGUUCCAGAUUAUUAUCGGGGCUUUGCUCCGUCCGGCGGCUCAAACCGAUGCCCUGGAGAUCCAGGCGGGAUUGCAGGGUCUGGAGGUGGAAACCUUGAUUGAAAUUAUCUCCACUCGAACGGCAAAACAGCUUCAAGACAUCCUGGCUUAUUAUAAACAGGAUUUCAAAUCAGACUUGGAAAAGGACAUCGCUUGUGGCACCACCGGUGGUUUUAGAGACCUUCUUCUCGCCCUGGUCAAGGGCCAGCGGGAACUCUAUUCGGGGAUGAUCGAUUACGUCUUGAUACGGCAAGAUUCGAAGGCUCUGGUUGAUGCAGCCACCGGUGGGGACGCUGAACACCCGGAGGGGAGCGAGUGGGUCCGGAUCCUGGCUCAACGCAGCCCCGAACAUUUGAGGAGAGUGUUCAGCUGGUACCAAGAGACGACCGGAAUCUCAGUCGAGCAAACCAUGGAGAAACAUUUCCGGGAAAACUUCCGAGAAGCAGGUUUAACGCUGGUUUCCCUCCUGAGAAACACACCGCUGUAUUUUGCCAGCAAGCUACACUCGGCCGUUAAGGAAGCAGGACGCGACCCCCGGACGGCCGUUCGAAUCAUGGUCUCCCGCAGCGAGACGGACCUCCUGAGCAUCCGCACCGAGUUCAAGAGGCGCUACGGGAUCUCACUCUACUCCUUCAUUCAGGUAAAGCCCCAGACCCCGCCCCCACCCCGGUGGGAGAAGUAA